GCUCUCCCUCCACUCCGUUCUGCUCCCUUACAGCUCUGGCCCGCUCCUGCGGUACUCCUCUAUAUACCGGUGAGGCUCUCGUUGAGACUUUAGUCUUAUACACGUUAACGCGAUAUAUUUAUAGCCUCGUAGUAACUUUACCUCCUCUUCUUGAGCUGCCAGUUUUACAGAUCUCAUCUCUAGGCUAGACUUUUCUAUCAUAGCUUGCCAGCUUAGGAGUGAUAGUUUCACCCAUCGAUGAACCAAAUAACAUUCAUGGACGUCAACACGAUACCCAAAAUCAGUCUACAUGACCGACAGGCAAAGUCCUGGCUUCCAACCACGAGGUUUUCUUCAUGAGGGUCUUGCUGAAAAGUCCCAUGGGAAUCACCAGGAGUCUGCAUCCAGGUGAUGGACGCGUACGAAACACCAAACCCAAGACAGUUCUUGAUCAAAUUGAUCAACACUCCAAUGUGUCCAGCUCGGGUCGGCAAGCAGUCAACAGCAUAAGUGAGCAAGACGUUGGCAGAGCCCGUCAGUCCAAGUGAGAGCAUGCACCACCCGGCACAGACACGGAACCAUUCUUUUGCUGGAUCUUUCAGGCCAUAUCCGAUCAGUAGACAGCCCGCUGGGCUAACAAGGGCUCCCACAAUAAUGACGGGGAGACGAGUUGCGGGAUUGUGCUCUGCGCCGGAUCGCCUGCGAGAAAUGCCAGAGAGAAUAUCUGCGAACGCCCCGCCAAUUGGUAGGCCAAUAAUAAUGCCUACCAGAGGUGCUAUGCUGAGCAGACCAACUGACAGGGCACUCCAGAGGAGGGGUGGUGCCGCGUAAACGCUCGCAGUGAGAAUCGAAGUCACCACGGUCCAACCAAUGGUCAGCCCAAAGACAAGAAUGGCGACCAGGACCUGGGGUGCCAGAAGGAGCUCGGCCGGCUGGAUGAAGAGAAGCAUUGCCGUUUUCCAGUUGAGGCUCACAAACUGUGUAGAGAAGGACUUGUUGAUGUACUCUGUUCUGAGUGAAUGGCUGAUGACAUGCGAACCAGUCUCCUUGCCAACGUCAGGCACCGACUCAAUCCUUUGGUCCUUUUGGUCUUCCUCGUCACGAUGCUCUUCUACCCGAGUCUCGGUGUCCUUCUUCGGUCGGAUAUGCUCUUCGUUCGGUGGUAUCUCGUGGGUUGUCUCCGGCAGCAUCAAUAUCACGCCGAGCAAGUUGCAGAAGAUGGCAAUCGACAGAAUACGCAUGUACCAUCUCCAGUUUCCCAAGUUUUGGGCGACGGCACCGGCAACGAUAGGGCCGACAGCAGAUCCAGCCGCAAGAAAGCCCACGUAGACGACCAUGGCGCUAGCCAGUCGUCGUUCAGGGAAUAUCUCGACGACAAUCCGAGGGCCCAAGGCCUCGAUCAAUCCGCCGCCCAAGCCUCCGACGAUGCGGGACGCCUUUAAAGAUCCGUAUGACCCAGCCUCGCCAGACCAGAUGCAUGAAGCCAGAAAUACAGCCAGGGAGAGAAUGACCGUGUAUCUCUUUCCGAUGAGAGCUGAGAGCGGAAGCGCAAAGAUGUUCUGUAAGAACCAAUGAGCCAUGAGCCUGCGAGGUUCGGCCAAAGUGCCCAGAUGAGACUCUUCACUUACCGAAAGUCCCAGCGCCAACAGAACGUAUGUCGACAGAUACGACGCCUCCUCCUGGGAAACAUGGAAGUCUUCCAUGAUCAGCUGGAACAGAGGCGGCACUCCCGCUGCAUAGGCGUUUCCCAAGAGAUUGUAGAAGCUGACGUUGAGCAGGACGGUGGCCCGCCACCAAAAAGGCCAUUGCUAAAUCAUGUCGUCAGUUACACCAGAUCCCGCCGAUUUUGAUACGGGAAGGAUUGCUUCAUACCUGAGAAUUCCAGGGACUGUCUGCCAUUGUUCACUUUUUCUUUCUCUCUAGACCGCAGCCUUUACCCGCAAACAAUAAGAGCCUAUGUGGCGUGACUGUGGAAAAGUCCGGGGUACCAAUCUCCCCUUUUAUCAUUCUCUUGACUUGAUCUGAGGUCUAGAUCAGACUGGCGGACGCGUCACGCUCUGUCCACAGCCUGGUGGUUUGGGCUUGGCGGGUAUAUCGGGUACAUCGGGUACAUCAGAUAUAUCGGCAAUUGUAUACCACGCUCUUAUAAAUCCGGAGGAACUCUGGGGAAGGCCGCAAAGAACGUCGGAAGUGUUCGAAUCACCGCACGGCAAUUACUCAUGGCAAUUACCAUCACUACGCACGUAUAGCUAAAAGUUCUGAAAGUUCAGCCCGCGGGGUCAUGAUGGAAACAGAAGAUGUAUUGCGGGGCUUUGACAAAGCAGGAGGGAAAUGGGCGGAAUCGCUUCACCACUAGUAACAGUAUAUAGGUAGCUUUCAGCUUUCAGCUUGUUCCGCUUCCGCCAAAUAAGCAACGAGUCAUUCGUCACGAGCCACUGGCGAGGAACCAUGGCAGAAGAAAAGACCUGCUACAAUAACUAUUUCAUCACCGAGAACAACCUCAAAUAUGUUCCCCCAUACCUUCGAGACACACCGGAAACACCACAAGAGGUUAGGUGUUCGACGAAAGGUACCUGGCCCGAAUGGCUGGAUGGAUCGUUUGUGAGAAUCGGAGCUGGAAGGUUCACCAUCCCCUUGUCCGAGGAUGGGUCCAAGCCCAAUGCGGUGCUGCAGCACUUUUUCGACGGUCUGGCUAUUCUGCACAAGUUCCGCAUGCACAAGGGUUCGGUUUACUACAUGAGCCGUCACACCGCAGAAGGUGUCGUUCGCCGAGCCAAGAAGAACGGAUAUGUCGAGACGGUCAUGUUUGGCGUGAAUGCGAACACGCCGCUCAAGGAUGCCCAAGAUCCGUGCUCUGCUCUGCUGGGCAGCCUGCAAUCCAUGUAUUUCCCGCAAGGCCAUGUCGAGCCUGACGCAGUCAACGUCAACGUGACGCCCCGAAGGGGAAUGCACCUCCCGCCAGACCAAAACCCCUACUCGACUGGUCGGGCGGCUGAGAACCCAGAAACUGACGAGGUGCUCAUCCAUACCGACUUCAACAUGCUUCAAGUCUGCGACGCAAAGACAUUGAUGCCGAAGCGCAUGCUCAACUACGGGCACAUCGACGAGCAGCUGUCUGGGUACGGCAUCUGCGCACACCCUCCCAAAGACCGCGCCCGUGGCACGACUUAUAACUAUCUCAUCUCGCAAGAAGGCACCAUGUACGUCUUUGGCAUGGACAUCCGGUCCAACCCGGUCAAGGUGCUUUGGAAGACGCCGCUGCCUUGUCCUCCUUGCUAUAUCCACUCGCUCGCCAUGACGGACAAAUAUGUCGUGUUUAUUCGAAAUCCUCUGCACAUGGAUGUCAGUGACGUGACUAAACAGCUCAUGCACAUGAUCGAAUACGAGCCAGAUUCACCGACCCAGUUCUUCGUGCUAGACAAGUUUUCGGGCGAACUAGUCGCCACAUACAACGGCAACGGCUUCAUGUUUUUCCACUCGGUCAACGCGUACGACUACGUCGAUCCCAAGACGAACGAGGUCAACAUCCACGUCGACCUGUGCAGCUACGAGGGAACCUACGUGCCCUACCGAGAGUACAAUCUCAGCAACGUCGUGGACCCGGCACGGCCGUUCCAGGACGGGACGCUGAUACGGUACGAGCUUGCAAACAUCAAGGGCGCCAACCCCACGGGCACACCAGGUCGAGUCACUGUCGCAGCCGCAAUUCCAGGCGUUGCCGCUGAGUUACCGCGCAUUGCCAAGCACGCGUCCACGAAGCCGGGCUAUCGGUACGUUUACUUCACUGCCGGCAACGGCGGCGCUGCGCCCGGCACGGAAGUGCCCAUCGGCCGACUGGGCAACGGUCUCAAAGUGGUGCAGGCCGCGUUCUUUGGCAGCCUGGCCAAGUCGGACUGGUCGACUGGGACAUUUAAACGGUGGCAGCCGUCCGAUGGCGCGAGCUGUCCUUGCGAGCCUAUCUUCGUGGGCCGCCCCGGUGCGACAGAAGAAGACGACGGCGUGGUUUUGACCAUCGUGAUCAACAAGCAGGGGACGCACAGUAUUCUGAUUGCACUUGAUGGGAAGACCUUUGAGGAGAUUGCCCGGGCCGAUAUGCCUCAGGUGUACGGAAUGGGACCGCACGGGUCGUUCAUCGAAGGGUCCUUUGGCGCGUGAUUCUGAUAGCACUGACUCAUAGCCUGGGCAGGUUGUAAAACUGAAGGAAUGCGGCGUUAUAGUGCAGUGCAAAAAAAGAGCCCCGAAAAGAUUCAUGCUUGCAAACCCCCAUGUCAUUCUUUCAUUCUUGAGUAUCUCCUGUACUCCGUACUCAGGCGUUGGAGACUUUCCUAAAGCGGCCAGCCGCAUAUUCCUUGUCAGGCCGAUAUCAUCGAUUUUCGGCGCAGGAUGGUCAAUGUGGCAGGGCACGCCAGGGUAGAUCAUGCAGUUCGACGUCUGGUCUAUCUACUUAGCAAUGCGGAUUGGUUGGUCAGUCACAAUGCCUCGUCACGUACCUGAGUGGGAGAUCUCUUGGAAAAAAAAAGGCCACGAAUGCAAUGAAUUCCCUGAAUUUCUAGACCGCUUACCAAUGAGUUC